UCGGUUUCAAAACACUUGUCAUUUGAGAAUUUAAUUCGAACGUCCGUGAUAUGAAAAUUUGUGAAAUUUUGUUCAUAAAAUUGGUGGUUUUUGCAAUUUUCGUAAAGUGAUGUCCACAUUUGCAACAUUUUUGACCAACGGGCCAUCGUACCGUCGUCGUCGUCAUGGAAAAGUAGAUUUGAAGCAGAGAUUUCUCCGUGAAAGCAAUAAAUAUUUUCCAAAACCAAUUAAGCCAAAAGUCAAUGUCAAUCCCAUCGUCAGCUACAUGACCAAUCAAGAAAAUCGAAACCAAGAGCAAGAGCAAUAUCAUCAACGAACAAUGAAAUACAAAAACUGUGCUCAAAUCGUGCCAACAGUUGGCCUGUCAAAUUUGAUUUUCUACGAUUGCCAUAAAAAGGCCACUGCUGCAGCAGAAAAGUCUCUGGAGGAGUCCAUCUCGAAGUUCGAAGAACCAACUUUACCGGCAACCGAAGACCGUUGCAGUAGUUCGUUUUUUGAAGAAGAAAUUAUUACCGAAUCCAUCCAACAUGAUGUCGAUCUCGAUACCAGCAAGCCUCCAGAUUGGUUAAGUUACAAUUUUGAUAAGUUUAUUGAGGCUCCACAGCCUUUUACACAUCGACCCGUCCAAGACUUCACUUUCGCAUCGAAAGCACGAUCCAGUUUGUUGUCAUCAGGCAUUGACUCCUGCACAUCAUUUGAAAUGGAUUUCAGUCGUCAAGCAUGCGUUCCUACGAGUCAUACGAACCAUGCCAUAGCAGAUCUAGAUGUGAAUUCGUUCGAAAUGAAUUUGAAUGAUCGAACCGAUGAAUCCAGAAAUCUCACAGAGCCUUCAGAUGUGGAUACAUUCGAUAUGAAUGUGACUGGCCAGUCCGAUCAUGACAUCAGCAAUGUAGUGGACUCGGUUUCAAUGAUGAAUGUAGAUGAUUUUGGCGAUCAAUUAAAUUCAUCAGACUGGCAUUUGAAAUCCAAUGUUUCGCAGAGUGAGGACGAAUCGAUGGCCAAGUUUGCCGUUUCUAGCUGCUGUGACAUUAGUUUGGAAGAUAUUGACGACCAUGACUUCUAUACCAACUUUGUUCCGUUGCAUACCUCAACUCCAAAAGCAAGACACAAAUUAAAUGAUCGAAUUGAUGUGGACGGCGAAUUGAACGAAUUAUCACUUAUUACACCUGACUUCGUUCCGUUGUAUUCAUCAUUGCCGAUAGAAGACACCAAAGCAAGGUCUCAACAUGAUGUGGACAACGUCACCGAAGAAUUUUUGCAUAUAACCGGCGAAGAACUGUUUUUCAAUCGGCAGGAACAGAUGAAUGACCUAAGAAAUGAUUUUUCAUUUUCCGAUGCACGAGAACUCGACGAUUUAUUUUUCUGAUGGAAAUGUGUCUGAUUGCCGCGUCACAGGAUUGGAUGAACCAGGUGUUCUUUUAUCAACGAAAAGAAUUUCAAUCCAUGGUGAACGAUUUGUUUGUUUUGUAGACGACAAAACGCUGGAGAAUAUUAUUUUGAAUUUUUUUUUUAUUUGUGUAUAAAUUGUGACUUCUUGCGUAUUGACAAAGACAUAAAUUAUGUUUCAGCAUAUGAAUUUCAUUCAUUGAACGGAUUAAGCCAAUUUAAAAUUAAUUUUUUUCUUUCUUUUAUAAUUAUAAAAUCCAGUACGACCUCGUCUACCUAAUAAGACCGUAUAUUUAGUACAGCAAAGAUACACAAAACGUCAAGAUGUUCUUUGGAAAAUCCAUUCAUUGAUACCUCAUUUGCAGUGCUGGUGAUUGCUGGCGAGUUUUGCGAGUAGCGGUUGUACUAACCAUAAAGUUCUGUUAUGUCAGCAAUCACCAGCACUACAAAUAAGGUAUCAACGGAAAGCUUAGACAAUGUAUGUUAUAACUCAGUCCAUUAGUAGAGCUCGAACAGACAACACGUAAUAAAUCAUACACAAGCCAAA